UGUUCUGUGGCCGGGGCGCCGGGCUCCGCUGCCGGUUUUUCAGCACGAAAGUACAUGCGUGCUGAAAGCUUGAUCGCGUACGGCAUGAUGUCGUCGGAUGCGGAGCAAGAGCCGCGUUCCAGCGACAGCCUGUCCCGAUCGUCGAGCCCAGCUACUGGAAGCUCGCACGAACGGGUACAGUGAAAGGAAGCCCGUCGCGGCAAGACAGGCGCCGCUCUUCUCGCAACCUCCUGGAUACCUCGUACGCACCUAAAGUGCUGCGCAAGACGAGCGAUUGCCUUGUCAGCCAGGAGCCGUCGUCGCACUGCAAUGAGUCUAAAGUGCUGGUGCUCUACAGCGGUGGCACUAAUUGGCAUGGUUCGAGACUGCGAAGGAGGAGUUCUGCGGCCAAUGCCUCAGGUAAUGGAGAAUCGGCUGCGCACAUUUCCUCAAUUGCAUGAUGCUGAGUAUUCAAGCACACGGUUCACGGACCCAAACAAGCCGCCCUUGGUGCUGCCUUGUACAGGGGAUCCCAAUCGUGUCGUGUACACCAUCUAUGAGUACGACCCACUGCUUGAUUCGUCAAAUGCCACCAUGGACGACUGGAUCCGUAUUGCACUUGAUAUUCGGGCAUGUUACGAACAGUUCGACGGCUUUGUUGUGUUGCAUGGAACUGACACGAUGGCUUACACAGCGUCUGCCCUAUCCUUCAUGCUCGAGAACCUUGGCAAGUCUGUCAUCAUCACAGGUUCACAGAUUCCAAUAUUUGAACCGAGAAGUGAUGGACGGGAGAACUUGCUCAACUCGCUCAUCAUAGCUGGCAACUACGUCAUUCCAGAGGUCACGCUGAUGUUCAACAACAAGCUGUUUCGUGGCAACCGGACAAGUAAGGCUAGCAUCAAUGAGCUUGACGCUUUCUCCUCCCCCAACCUGCCUCCCCUGGCCACCAUUGGUGUCAAGAUAAAAGUCAACUGGAAAGCUGUCUUCCAGCAGAACACCAUGGAGAAGUUUCGUGUGCACUCCAAGCUGAAUCGCAACGUCGGCCUCCUCCGUCUCUUCCCCAGUAUUACCGUUGAAGUGGUGCGCGCCUUCCUUAUGCCACCCGUGCAGGGAGUUGUGUUACAGACCUACGGUGCUGGCAACGGCCCAACCGCGCGUGCAGAUCUGCUGGAUGAAAUCCGUCGUGCCUCAUUGAGAGGCAUCCUCAUAGUCAACUGUUCACAGUGCACACAGGGUUCCAUCGAUGCGGCCUAUGCGACAGGCAAUGCUCUUUGUGCAGCUGGUGUCAUUCCCGGUUCAGACAUGACACCCGAAGCGGCCCUCACCAAGUUGAGCUAUGUACUGAGCAAGACGGAAUGGUCGUAUGCUACUAAAAAGGAGAUGCUGCAGGCCAGUCUGAGGGGAGAAUUAACUGUGGCAAAGCCAAGCAAGCUGGAUGACUUGGAUCUGAUCACCGCCAUUGCAAGGACCAUGAACAUCUCAUCACCUGAGGAACUGCAGUCCCUGCAGACGGUGCUGUAUCCCAGCAUUCUUUGUUCAGUCACAGCACAUGGAGAUGUCGAUCGGCUGGAAGUGAUGAGGCAAUUCGGUGCCUACCUGUCGUCGUGUGACUACGACUUCCGCACGCCCCUGCACGUGGCCUCGAGCGAGGGCAACGUGGCCAUGGUGCGCUACCUGCUCCAGCACGGUGCCAGCGUACACAUGCGCGACCGCGACCACCACACGCCACUUAUGAGUGCCGUCUUCUGCGACCAGCAUGCCGUCAUCGAGCUGCUGGUGCAGGCGGGCGCCCAUCUCAGCUUGCCUGCCUUGCAGCUGGCUGACGAACUGUGCACAGCGGCCAGGAAUGGCAAUGUAAAGCGGCUAGAGUCCUACAAGCUUGCCGGAGCCAGCUUCUACGAAAGUGACGUGACUGGACGGACAUGCCUUCAUGCUGCAUGUGAGGCGGGACAGGAAGCAGUUGUCAAAUUCUUGCUGGAAAACAAGGUUUGGCCCGAGACAAAGGACGUCUACAACCACUCGCCCGAAGAAAUCGCUCAGCUUCUUGGCCACGUGAAGCUGCUUCAGCUUUUUAAAAGCAUCAUGCCGACUACUAACAGGACGACUCAGGAUUCUCACCAACAACCAUCCCUGUAGUACAACCAUGGCACUGUAGUAGCACUCGGUGUGCAUUGUGUACAGGGUUUCUAUAGCCUAGCUACCAAAGUUUAUGCCCACAUGCGGCAGUCUCAUGUCAACGUAUUGUUUGAUAGUUUCCUAAGUUUUCAUUCUGAACAUAUUCUAGUUUAUGACAAAAUGUCUGUGGUUAUGCCGAGGCUUUUGGUGCUAGAGAGGAUUUGUGACUGUUAACUCUGUUAAGGUUUGUUGGAAUAUUUCACCUGUACUUGGACUUGCUUGAUUAGCUGGCAAUGUGUGAAUGACUGAUGCUUCGAUGCGUGUGCUCCGGUGUGACAUAUUGUUGUAUGCAAGUUUUAAGAACGCAUUAUCUCGAUCUCGCAAAUUAUCCAUUGUAGCCUUUAGCAAUGACCAUUCACGUAGAAUUACCUCAGUGCUCGUCUGAAAUAUGUUCUUGCUUUGGACGAGAUGAUAGUCGUGUGCGGUGAGGUGCAAAUUGUAGGCAGCCUCUGCAUGCGGGCAUGAUUAAUGUCUUUUAUUGAAGCACCAACAUAGAAUAAGUACUGCUGAUUUUUGCAACUUUGCAAUGGUGUAUUUAUGUGUUCCUUAUUUGUUUGUGCUGCACUUUUGUAAUUUUUGUUGUUGCAUCUGAGUGACGAGCAGUAGCAUAAUGGGCCAAAUUCUUAGUAAUUAAGAUGGCUGUCGUGUGUGCAUCCUUGUUUCAUCGACCUGUUUAGCACAGUUCUGCCGAACAUGAAUAUCCAAUUCAGGCCAACCAAGAAAAAAAUGAAGACAUUACUGUGUUAGUAAACUUACGAGAGAAUACACUGGUCUCUUGUGAUGCUUGAAUGAGUGCAAAUUCAUGCAAUUUAGACCAUAAUUUAUUUUUUUUAUUCUGCACCUGCUGAGCUACCUCUCACCUGUACACUUUUUCUUUCUUGCGAGGAAACACAAGAGGUUAGACUUACUUUCGAAUUGCCUUGGCAGCUCUUGUUACAGCAGUGCUUGGGUCCACACCUUUAUAACAAAUCUGUUAUGUGUAAACAAUAAAAGUGUAGUUCUAUGUGACUAUUUUAGCAGCUUGUUUUUCCUUUUAAACACUGCUGCAGGCAUCCAGCCACCAACAGAAAACAUAUUUUUAUUUGCUUGGUUUUAGUUGUGAAUUCGCACUUUACAUGUAAAGCCCAGAUAAAUGUUGAUCAUAACUGGUUCCUAGUCACAUACUACAAGGUGAACACCGCAAAUGUUUACAAAAUUCUACAGUUCCUGCACGCUCAAUGCAAGUUUGCCCGCACUUACUCGGUGGUCUUAUUCCCGUACAAGAAAGUGCAUUUGAUAGUGUGCACAGCUCCUUGUUCAUUAUGUUCACAAUUGCUGCCCAGGGCUUCCUUGACUAGUCUGAACAGGCCACACACAGAGUUGAAUGUGCAAGACAAUGAACUUCAAUCCUGUUUAUUGUCACAACUGACAAGAUGAUGAAUUCUUGCUUUGGGUUGUCUGGUGAUAAAUAAAAUAUGUUUUAGAAUACAA